AUGGCUACCCAAGGUCCCCAGGCUCUGCCCCCAGUGACAGUGCAGAACACACACACCAUCAGCCAGUCCGCGGCGCAGGAAUUCCUAGCGGCCUACCUUGAUCGCGCCGCGACAGACCCAGCGCUGCAACCCAACGCCAGCAUCAGCGAGCACGGCCCCAUCUCGCGGACAACCACCGCAGCGCCCAACCUGAUCCUGCACAACCUGAAGCGCGUGCAAGCUGGUCUUGCCGGUGAGGUCCUCGGCCGCGAUCUGACCGUCGCCAAGCAGAACCCUGGAGAGGACUACCUGGAUGUUGCUGCGGGUGUUGCGCAGACCAACAACCAGGAUGAGCAGGACGACAGCAAUGAUGUUACCAUGAACGAUGCUGAGUUCGAGACGGAGGCUGAGGCGUUUGCGGACCAGGAGGCUGGUAUUGAUAAGGAGGAGCGCAAGCGCAAGAAGAAGGAGAGGCGCUUGGCGGAGAAGAAGGAGAAGGCCCGGGCAAAGGCCGAGGACUCCGACUAA